AUGAUGCUCCUCGCUUUCGCAGUGCUGAUUAUGUCUGCAGCGGCAGAUUGGUUCCCACCUCACAGGUUGGCCCCUUCCGAGUCACCAAUGCCGGGCUACGACAUUGUCGAACUCUCCUGGGAAGUGACCCCAACACCCGGCCAACCCGCCAUCAUUCUCAACGGAACCGUCGAACAAGUCCGCUCUCAACUCCUCGCGAUCAAUCCCAGAUAUCAAUUCGGAUUCAUUGCAAAGCGAGGAGAUCUCCUUGCCGCUCCUACAGCUGCUACAGAUCUCACCGAGCCCACUGCCGUCGCUCAUUCUGCACAAAUUUGGAAAAUGACUUGCGGUGGCUACGACUCAGCAGAUACAAGCCAAAUCGAGGAUGGUAUCAAAUAUCUAAAUGGUAUCGCUGGCCAGCCCAAGAAUGGGCCUGGGCCAAAUAAUUGCGGGCGAGUAAGCUGCUCGUACAACUCAUCGAUUUGGUGGUGUAAUGAUAACGCCUCGCCUCAAGCACUUCCGGGAUUCUAUACCAUUGCAACAGGCGCCACGAAGAUUAUCAACGCGUGCCUUGGACAGAAUAAUAGCACUGUUUCUGGUACCGGAGAACACCCGGGUAAUUGGAGAGUUGUUGUCAAGGGGGAUAUAUGCUAG